AUGAUAAAUUAUUUAUUCUAAAAGAAGAAUAUAUCUAAAGUACCUUUCUGCACUAUAAAUAAAUAUUAAUUACUUGAAAUAUAAGAAAAGGAAAUAAAAAUUAUAUAAUAAAAGUUAUAAUUAAAAAAAGAUAAUUUAUAUCUUCAUAUCCCAAAGACUAAAUUUAAUCCACGUUUUCACCCUUUGUAAAAUGAACAAAAAUAUAAUGCAUAAAUAUCAUAAAAUCUUUAUUAAUGGUAAUAAACAGCAUUUAAAAAUUCUAAAAAAUAACUUCUUAUGCAUGAUUUGCCGUUUCAAACUUAUGGAGAGCCACAUUUUGGUCAUUUUUAUAAUCGAAUAUAAUAAGAUAUAGCUACAAGGUUCGCUGUUUUAUAAGGAAUUAAAGUAACAUAAUAGAUUGGAUUUAAUUUACAUGGAUAAACUAUUUAAAAUUAAGCACUUUUUGAAGAUUUGGAAGAAAAGAAAGAACUUAUAAAAUAUUCAGAUGAUCAAAUAAGAGAAAUAGCUUAAAAAUAUGCGCAUAAAAGUUUAGAUAAAAUAAUUAACUAAUAUAAAAAAUGGGGUUUAAUGUAUGAUUUUUAUUAAGCAUAUUUAACUUCACAUAAUUCAUACUAAAAAGGAGUUUUAGAAGCAUUUAAUUAAUUAGUAGAAGAAAAGAGAAUAUUUGUUGAUUAAUAAAUAUGUUUAUGGUCAAUAAAAUAUCGAAGAAGCUUAGAUGAUGACGAAUCAGAAAUGUAAUUGAGGCAAAAGCCAACAAAUUUUGUAUGUUUAGAGAUCAUAAAUUACAAGGAAAGUGAAUACUUAAAAGAUUUAAUAAGAUAAAAUAAAAUAAAAAAAUUAUUUGUAAUUAUAACGAUAAAUGAAUUGUAUUAAUUGAACAGUUUAAGAGCAGUUGAAAUAAAUGAAAAUGUUGAAUAUGGAAUUUAUUAAAUGAAUAAUGGAAUAAUAUUUAUUUUAUCAAGGAAAAGAUUUAAAUAACAUAGACUUUAUUUUAAAGAAAAGGGUGCAAAAUUAAUUGGGAUUUAAACAGGUAGAUAAAUAUCUUAAUUAUAAUUAUUUGAAGAAGUAUUCUAAAGGAAGAUCAAUUUUUUAAAUACCGAUUAAUUUGCAAUUAAUGAAAAAUUUGGAAGUGGAAUUAGGAGUGUUAUACCAGGAAAUAAUAUAGAUGAUUUUACUUUAGGCCAAAAGUUAGGUAUUAUUCAAAAAGCAUGUAUUGAUGAAUAAGGAAGGUUUACUUAUGAGAAAGAAGUUCCAGAAGGAUUAAAAGGAUUAUAAAUAAAUAAUGGAGAAGCUAAUAGGUAUAUACAAGAUCUUUUAAUAAGUAAAAAUCUUUUGUUAGAAGGAAUACAUGAGUUGGUAGAAAUUAAUGAAUAUAUUGAUAAAAAAAGCAAAGAAAAGCUCAUUCUUAGAACAUAGCCUACUGUCUUUUGUAUGCUUCCUAAUUUUGAAAAGGAAGAUUUUAUUGAAAAAAUUAAUAUCGUCCCUUAAAAUACUAUAGAAGAAACUUAUUCACAUAUUAAAAAUAUGCUUAAGUAAAAAACUAAUAAAUGGGCUAUUUCUUCUAAAGCAUAAUGGGGAAUACCUAUUCCUAUUUUUAUUUAUAAACAUAAUACAACUAAAUAUUUAAUUGAUAAGUCUAUAAUCUAACAUAAUAUUUAAAUAUUUUAAAAUGAAGGAUGUUUAUCUUUUUUCAAUAAAUCAAUUAUUGACUUAUUACCUUAAAAAUAUAAAAAUUAGUCUCAUUUAUUAGAAAAAGCAAAUUUCGUAUUUGACAUAUGGUUUGAAAGUGGUUGUAGUUGGUACACUUAAUUGAAAAGUUAAGAAAACGAAGAAUAAAAUACUCCUACUUUGAAAUAAGCAGACUUAUCAAUAUUAGGAACUGAUUAAUGCGAUAGUUGGUUACUUUCAAGCAGCUUAUUAUGUAUAGGUUUAAGGGAAGAACCUUUCAUUUCUGAUGAAUCUGUUUUAGCAACUUGCCAAGUUUUAUAAUAUUUGCCUUAAUUACAAGUUUUGUUUUUAGGAUUGGACUCAAUUACUUUAAAAGCUGAAACUUUAAAUUAAUGCUUUUAAGCAGUUUCCAAAAGUGCUAAAAUUAGUAAUAUUUCAUUAUCUAUAAUCCACAACAAAAUUUAAGAUUCAGGAAUAGAAUAGCUAGCAGAAGGUAUUUCUAGUUUUUAAAACAAGAAUCUUAGAAAAUUAAACUUAAUACUUAUUUCAAAUGAAAUAACUUCUGUAGGAGCUCAGAAAUUAGCUUAAGCAGUUUAAAAAAUAUAAUCUUUAAAUACUCUUUAAGUUUCUUUAUAUGCAAAUAAAUUAGGAGCUGAAGGAGCAUAAUAGAUAUCAGAAAUAAUGCUUCCUUAAUUAUAGAACUUUCAUUUAGAUUUGUAUUUCAAUAAUAUAACAGAUAUUGGAGCAAGGAGUUUGUCUAAUAAAUUAAUAAAUAUGUAAAACUUGACUGAAUUAAAAUUAAAUCUAGACUUUAAUUAUAUUUUAAAUGAAGGAGGUUAGUAUAUAGGUGAAUCUUUAAAAAAACUUACAAGUUUGAAAGCUUUGAAUUUAGGUGUUGCAACAAAAAAUUUUGGAACUUCAGGAUUCGAACAUAUAGCAAAUGGAAUUUCUAACCUAGUUAAUUUAGAAGAAUUAAGAUUAGCAUGCGGAGUUAAUAAAUUAGGUCCUUUUGGAAUUAAUUACUUAAAAAUAGCUUUUUCAAGAUUAGAUAAGUUGAAAAAACUUGAUUUAGAUUAUUAUGAAAAUUCUUUAGGUGAUCCUAAUGGUAAAAAAGUAAAUGAACUCUUAGACGCUUUAGGCAAUUUAGAAGAACUAAAUUUAAACUUUGCCUUUAAUAAUUUGCUUGAUUAUGGUACUAUCUAAAUUCUUAAAGGAAUUUAAAGACUCAAAAAAUUAAAAAAAUUAAAAUUAGAUUUUGGUAGUAAUGAAAUUGAUGAUGAUUCUGUUGAAAGUAUUCUAAAAGAAGUUGAUAUUAUAUCGAAAUAAGUUGAUUAGUUUUAAUUUGAAUUCUUGAAUACUGCUAUUACUAAAGAAGUAAGCGAAAAAAUCAGAUAAAGAUAUUAGGAUAUAAAUAAUAUUAAGGUUUCUGUUAAUUCUAAUGUUUCUAAAGAAUAUCUCGAAAACAAGAAAAAUAAGAAAGAAUAAAAAUAAUAAAAACAAUAAUAAUAAUGA